GCUGUCUGCCCCUCUCACUCAGACCUCACAGGAAACUCCCAGCUACCCUAGCCCUCUCACAUCCACGUCUGUCCCUCUCUCUCUCGCUCCCACCACACUUUUAAUUCACACCUCUUUCUCUCUCACACACACACACACACACACACACACAGAGAGCGGCUGAGUUUGACCACAGAGAAUGGGCUGCAUCCAUGUGGAGAAUGAAUGGAUUCUGCAGAGCGGCGGCUGUAGUUGUACUCCUCUACUCUCUGUUACUCACCAAUGGGGCAUUGUGUCAAGACGAGGCCACAGAUGCACCCGCUGCUGAUCCACUUCCAAAUGAUGAUGGUACAGAUGCUGGUGCUGUUGGAACACCACAUUGGACGGCACCCCCAGAUGCAGGCGCCCCUGCUGUCGAUGACACUGCCACAUUAAAUUUGAAUGUAGAUUCUCUCAUCCCUGAGCUACCUUCAGAUGCACCCUUCAUCAUCAACAUUCUCACCUUUGCACCGAAUGCUGACAGCCCGAAUGGAGAUCAGCCUUCGGAUGCAUCGGACACCAAUGCUUCUCCUGUUGUUGUACCUGUUGUAAGGUGUGUUGGAAAAGAAGACAUUGAGCAGAAGACUGCUGUCAAGUUUGCGGUGAUAACAAAUGACUGUUCAUCGACUAAAGACAUAAUCCAGAACAACCCUGCAGCCUGGUGUCGUAAUGAAAACUGUCAUCUGGAAAUCUUCCAAGAAGGCUCCAAUGUGGUGCUGGCCAGUGAUGACGCAAAGCCAAGUACUUUGGCUGAAGCCCUCCAGAGUGAUAGUCUGAAAAAGAAGUUGGGUGUGUCAGAUAUUCAGCAGCCAUCAUCUUCAUCUUCAUCAUCAUCAUCAUCAUCUGUGUUUGUGGGAAUACUGGUGAGUGGUCUGCUUGCUGCAGCUGCAAUCACCUUCGGUUACUUCAAAUGCCAACGUCGCCCUGAAAAGAAGGGAGUAAAGUUGGCGGAAGAGGCACACCCUGCAGAUCAGGAGAACCAGGGUAACACUCUCGUCUCUGUGGCUCCACUUAACCCCACUCCUGAAACCCAGGAGAAGCCCAGUGUAAACGGAGAGUCUCCCGAGGCAGCCAAGACCGAGCCUCCUCCCACCAAUGGCCACUCUACCGCCAAAACGGCAGACACUGAGCUGUGAAAUAGUCUUCAGAUAAUUGCGGCCCAGGAACUACCCCAUCCCACACACAACCACAUCCUGACAUCAACUGACCUUCCCUUCUGAAUCCA